UUAUCAGGGAAUGGGCUCUAUUGCCUUUGGUGAGCACAACAGAAAGGAGGAGUUAUUGAUAUGUGUCAUCAGAUAACAUUUUGUCAAAGCAUAAAAGGCCACUCCACUACUCAUCACUGUAAAGUAGUGAUUACCUAGUCGGAGCUCUCUGGUCACUGCAGCCAAAUAAGGAUGUGUGCUUUUUAUGUAUUUGCCCUUUUCGCUUCUGUCUGGAGGAUUACUGCGUGUGCAGAUUGGUGCUAUGAGUCCCAAUUCUCCUGUGACCACAAAUGCAACGAACCCAAUCAGUGGAUGGAAGUAUCAGCAUCCUGUAAUGGAACAAGCCAGUCACCUGUUAAUAUUGUAACAAGGAAGGUAACAGUUGACAGGACCCUCACACCACUUGGAUUUCAAGGCUACCAAGAAGCGUUCCAUAGCGUUAUCACAAACAACGGCCACACAGUCAAGCUCAACCUGUCAGGCAGUGCAAAGAUUAGUGGCGGAGAUCUAAAAGCAACUUACAAAGCAGUGGAGCUCCAUUUCCACUGGGGCAAGGACGGUGGACCUGGAUCAGAGCACACUAUUGAUGGAGAACAGUAUCCUAUGGAGAUGCACAUUGUUCAUAUUAAGGAAAUAUACAGCUCUAUACAAGAAGCUGUUAUAGACCCAGCUGGAGUGGCAGUUCUUGGAUUUUUAUAUGAGGAAGUCGAAAGCUCAACCAAGAGAUAUGAUUCCAUCGUAGGCGUGCUUGCAAAAAUCACACACCCUGGCAACAGUUCAGAAGUUGGGCCUCUGUCCUUGGACCUGCUUAUCCCUUCCCAAAAUGAGCUGAAAAAGUACUUCCGCUACAAGGGCUCCCUCACUACUCCCAACUGCUCAGAGUCAGUCGUUUGGACCGUAUUUCAAAAAACCAUUCUGCUCAGCAAGUCACAGCUGUCUGCAUUCUCUCAGCUCCAGUUUGAAAACGGGAUGACCAUGGUGAGAACAUUUCGCCCAGUGCAGCCACUGAACGAUCGACCGGUCUUCUAUUCUGGCAGUCAUGUUGCAUCUUUCAGCGUCAUAUUAGUUGUCAGUACCGUUCUCACCACCUUUUUGACUUUGUAGUGAAAGAAGUUUGAGUCUAUCAGUGAUCAACAUCACAUGGCUUUUACUUUGAGUUUGAAUCCGCUGUAAAACACACAACUCCUGCUCUUUGUUACGGUAAACAGGUCUACUGCGUGGCUGGAAUGCAUUUUGGAAUGAAAUAAUGUGUGUGAAAUGUAUGUAUGUAAAUGUAUGACCAUGACUUUUGUCCAUAUCAGAAGUGAUGCUUUUAGUCUUUUGUCUUUGUAGUAAUAUAUUUGUAGUAAUUCACUUUGGUUUUUUCACAUUAUGGGCUUCACAUUUUAUUAAUUAUUAAUUUAUUAUUUAUGCUUUUCUAAUAGAAGCUGUGCUCU